CCCCUACCUAAUUGAAACUGCGUUGAAUUUUUGAACAGUGAGAAAGAUAUAGCACUUGAGGUCAUGGGAAGCUUAGAAAGCCUGUGGAUUGCAGUGGAGUGUGCCUGCAGGAUCCUUGGUAUUUCUACAGCCACAGUCUUGUGUGCUGUGGGAGUGGAGACUCUACACCAAGGAGAUUUCAGCAGCCUCGGCAUCUACCUCCUGGUGUCAUCUGUUGGCAUCAUGAUGUUUGAGCUGGCCUAUUUUGUGGAUGCUCUUCUCACCAUGUGUUUGCCCUGUCCUCCGGAUUGGCAAGUUUUUGUGUUGUGGAGGAAGAUGGCUCACACCGGAGGCUUUCAUAAAUUCCUCUAUUACUCCAUCAUGUCAGUGGUCUGCUUCUUGCAUCCUGUGUUGGUGUGGCACGCCAUUAUCCCAGGGGCAAUGCUUUUGGUAACAGCAUUUUUCAACUUCAUACUGAGCAAGAAAACAAAGACGAAGUCUUCCAAAGGGCCUCAGGGGACUGACCAAGGCCCGACCAGCAUCCAUGUGACAGAGAGAGGAGUCCCAAAUAGUGCUUCUGCAUUUUUCCACAUUGUGGCAGGAAGGAGGGGAGCGGGCCUGUCGCUCGGGAGCAGGGACCCAGGCCUCAUCCAGGAAGAGACGGGAGAGACCGUCCAGGCCAUGCUGGAGCUGCAACAGACGGCAGCAGCAACAGAGACAGACAAGAAGAGACGGAGGUGGAGAGAGAAGGGACUGAGAUGCUGGAGAGGUGGGGAGGAGCCUAUUGAGAGAGAAAUGGAGGAGAUGGAGCAGUACUGUCAGCCGGAGCCAGACACCACCUCAGACACAGCGCCCAUGAUUACAGACUGAACAGGACCGUUCACACUGAGCUGCGCUCUCAGAAAGCACAAUGGAAAACGUGAUGAAUGU